GCGGCGACUCAGUGGCCGGCGUUCGCUUGCACUGCUUGGCUGUAUCGGCUUCGUUCUCCGAGUAUCCAGCCUCCGUCCAGUUGAUUCAGUUUCCAGUCCCAGUUCCCGCCGACAGUGAAGAUCGAUAAAGGGCGCCGCAGAUUUUCCUGAAUUUCACCGAGCGUGACACGCCAGGCGAAAAAAUGUCGCAACAACAGUAUUAUCCGUUCAAGUGCACCCCAACUGUAUACCCUGCCGAACCGUUCGAUGCGAACGCAGACGCCGCUAUUCUGCGCAAAGCGAUGAAAGGCUUUGGUACGGAUGAGAAGGCGAUCAUUGACGUGCUUACAAGAAGAGGCAUCGUACAGAGGCUGGACAUUGCGGAGGCGUUCAAGACUCUAUAUGGAAAAGAUCUGAUUAGUGAUUUGAAGAGCGAAUUGACCGGGAAACUGGAGGAUGUCAUCGUUUCCCUUAUGACCCCACUGCCACAUUAUUAUGCCAAGGAGCUACACGAUGCGGUAAGCGGCAUGGGCACUGACGAGGAGGCAAUUAUCGAGAUUCUGUGCACUCUCAGCAACUACGGCAUUCGCACGAUUGCUGCAUUCUAUGAAAAUUUAUACGGUAAGACGCUCGAGAGCGAUCUGAAAGGCGAUACAUCCGGCCACUUCAAGAGAUUACUCGUUUCCCUCGUGCAGGCGAACAGAGAUGAGAAUCAGGGAAUCGAUCAUGCUCAGGCGACUACUGAUGCCCAAGCGUUGUACGAAGCUGGUGAAAAGCAAUGGGGUACAGACGAGUCUCAGUUCAAUGCGAUCUUGGUAACGCGCAGCUACCAGCAACUGCGACAAACCUUUAUCGAAUACGAGAAAAUAUCGGGACAUGACAUAGAGGUUGCUAUAAAGAAGGAAUUUUCCGGCAGCAUCGAGAAAGGCCUACUCGCGAUAGUCAAGUGCGUGAAAUCGAAAGUUGGAUUUUUCGCUGAACGCCUGUACGCCAGUAUGCACGGCAUCGGCACGAAGGACCGGACUUUGAUACGUAUCAUUGUGUCUCGAAGUGAAAUCGAUCUGGGAGACAUUAAAAAGGCAUUCGAGGAACGCUAUGGCAAGUCCUUGGAGAAUUGGAUAGCUGGAGAUACUUCCGGAGAUUAUAAGAAAGCUCUUCUCUCUCUGGUUUCCACGUAAACUUCAAGAAGUUGAAGCUACAGGUAUUCCUUCAUAUAUGGUGCAUAUAUUAAGCUUACACGGAUUCCAGCUUAAUUGCUUGUUGUAUUAACGAAAGAUUAGAAGACACUUUACUGCAUUUUUAAAUAUUAUUUUUAUAAUACUUUUUGAAAUAUUUACUGUAUUACGUAGGCCAGUAAAACUUCUUAAAUGUUCUGCGUUUGCAAUGUUGAUCAAUCAAAUAUAUUUAAUUAAAUUAUAUUUUAUACAUUCUUACUUUUAUCAGAAGAUUGGAAAAAGUUUAUAAGAGGAAUCACAUAAUUUAUAUACGUGUAUAUAUAAACAUGUGAUCGCGAUAAAUUGGUGCAAAUAAAACUAAGACGAAUACUCUCUAUGUA